ACCAUUAAGCCGCACCUUAACAUAAUAUAGAUAGAAGACAAAUUAGUUGAGGCAAAAAAAUUAAGCUAAGAUCAAUCACUACUUGGGAUAAGAUAACACAAAAAUUUCCUGUUUAUUUGAGAGGGAACAAUGCAUGAAUAUGAAUCCUUAACAAAUUCAAGCAAAAUGUAAUAUCCCAUAUUUUCUGAAAUUCUAGCAUUUAAGUUGAGGACCUUGGUGUGAGAAAAUAUUAUUUUGGGGCUUAUUAGCUAAAAUAUCCAAACUUGAGGGACUUAAAAGAGGAAAGAAUGUGGAUAAGGAUCAGCUAUUUUUUCCUUCUUUCUUUCUUCUUUAGCCCGCGUGUUCUGUUCUUCUUCUUCUUCCCAGCAGCCGAACAAAGGCCCCUAAGCCCGACAGCAACCCCACUUGGAAAACCGGUAAGGAGGCUUGAUGUUAUCCUUCUUUUCUUGUCCAAGAACAAGAUUUAGGAGCUUAGAAACCUUCUCCCCCUGCAGGAAAUUCCAGAUUUGCUCUGCUCUGUCUUCAACGCCGGCUACUCUUGAUUGUGGGUGCGAAUUUCUCUAAUUUUUGGGUAAGGAACAGCCACCAAUCCCUCUGUUCUUCUUUGAAUUGGCUUGGGUUUACCUUAAUUUCUCUUGGUUUCACAAUUUCCAGUAGAUUUCUUGAUUUUUCUCCCCAAUUCUCGCCAGCUUCCCCUAGCUUGCAGCUUCGGUUUGCUUGCUAGAAAUUCUGGUAUGUUGACAGCCCCUCCAAGCUCGAAAUUUCAUCAAUUAAUUGCUGAAAUUGUCCAUUUAAUUACUGCCCCAUGUGUUUUCCGAAUUUUGUUGAAUUAGGGGGAUGAAUUUCGGUAGUAAUUAGAGCAUAAUUGAGCUUAAUUCAUGUAUAAAUUGCUUAAGUUGGCUGCUGUGAUUUUUGGAGAGAAAAUCCCGUGAUUAGCUAUUGUUUUACCAAUUUUGGAAGUUGCAGUUACUGUUUACGGUACUGUUCAUGCACUAAUGGCCAACAAUUAACGGGGAUUAAAUGUUUAUUUUGUAAUAUAAGAACAAAUUUGGUGAUGUCCGGUCUUGUGGAGACUGAUAGAAAUAACAUUGUGAUUAGGGGUAGUCCUAAUGAUGAUUUCAGUUUGAAUUUGUGGUAGUGCGAUAUUAAUUUUGGAAUAUUUUGGUUAGGUUCUUGAUCCUUGGGGCACUUUAGUAUGUGGCUUGAGUCUUCGGUUUAAUGCGAUUUGAGGUAAGUAAAUUAUGGUAAUGCUCUUUGAUUUCAAGGCAUAUUUUAAAUUGUUUUUGAGAUGGUGGCAAUGUUUAAAUUGAUUUUAUUUGCACCGAGCAUGAUUGGUUUGAAAUGAAAUUGUUUUCAUUUGCAUUGAGUAAAGCAUGCCUAUUUGGAAUUGACUGAACUGCCUUGAUGAACUAAGAAUUUUGUAAAUUCUAAGUUUUUCUAUUAAAUCCAUGCUCACAUG